GUUAAUUUCAAUUUAAACAUUUUAUUUAAUCAUUAACAACCCAACAGCAUUAAACAGUCAAUAACAUGUGACUGUUUGCUCCUUGUACUCCUCCCUGUACAACAACAUCACAGCGCUCCAUCUGUACACACAAAAGACACAUGAAAAUAGGACUCAGCGUUUCGUAUUGCAUAGCUUAUUCAGUACGUUUAAAAUAAUUUUGCCGCCAAUUUCAAACCAGAAAAUAUGACUCAGUGAGAACGCGUGGUGGCGCUGCAGGUUAAGAUGAUGGAAAAUAGAAUUGCCCAUGCCGCUCCAGGGUCCAGCAAACCGUUUCCCAAAGCCUGGAAACAAAAGAAUAGCGGAGCCAGAGCAAACCCGAAUGUGAAACCUCUUUAAGACACCACUGGGCUGCUUGGUUCUGACAUUCUGGACUGCAAAACCGUGCUACUAGGAUCCUGGGGAUACGUGAAGCCUCUGUGAACCAACUUUUCAAGAAAAAGCAAUGGAGAUUGGACGGAUGCACAGUCGGAGACAAAGGCAAGUCCUUGUUUUCUUUGUUUUGCUGAGCUUGUCUGGGGCUGGCGCCGAGUUGGGGUCCUAUUCCGUAGUGGAAGAAACGGAGAGAGGCUCUUUUGUGGCAAAUCUAGAAAAAGACCUGGGGUUGGGGUUGACAGAGAUGUCCACCCGCAGGGCCAGGAUCAUUUCCCAGGGGAACAAACAGCAUUUGCAGCUCAAGGUUCAAACUGGGGAUCUGCUCAUAAAUGAGAAGCUAGAUCGAGAGGAGCUAUGCGGUCCCACUGAGCCUUGCAUACUACAUUUCCAAGUGUUAAUGGAAAAACCUUUAGAAAUAUUUCAGGCUGAACUGAGGGUGAUAGAUAUAAAUGACCAUUCUCCCAUAUUCACUGAAAAGGAAAUUAUUCUAAAAAUACCGGAAAAUAGUCCUCUAGGAACUGAGUUUCCUCUGUAUCAUGCUUUGGACUCGGACGUAGGAAGCAAUAAUGUUCAAAACUAUAAAAUCAGCCCAAAUUCCCAUUUUGGGGUUCUAACCAAAGAACGCAGUGAUGGCAGGAAAUACCCUGAGCUAGUGUUGGAUAAAGAGCUGGAUCGGGAGGAGGAGCCUCAGCUAAGGUUAACCCUGACAGCGCUGGAUGGCGGCUCUCCACCGCGAUCUGGAACUGCUCAGGUCCGCAUUGAAGUGGUGGACAUCAAUGAUAAUGCCCCUGAGUUUGAGCAGCCCAUCUACAAAGUGCGGAUUCCAGAGAACAACGCCCUUGGCUCCCUGGUUGCCACCGUCUCCGCCAGGGAUUUAGACAGCGGAGCCAACGGAAAAAUAUCAUACUCACUCUUUCAGCCUUCAGAGGAUAUUAGUAAAACGUUGGAGGUAAAUGCUAUGACAGGGGAAAUUCGACUGAGAAAACAAGUAGAUUUCGAAGCGGUUACGUCUUAUGAAGUGCACAUCAAAGCCACAGAUGGAGGAGGUCUUUCAGGAAAGUGCACUCUUCUCCUGCAGGUAGUGGACGUGAAUGACAAUCCCCCACAGGUGACCAUGUCUGCACUCACCAGUCCCAUUCCAGAGAACUCGCCUGAGAUUGUAGUUGCUGUUUUCAGCGUUUCAGAUCCUGACUCCGGAAACAAUGGGAAGACCAUUUCCUCCAUCCAGGAAGACCUUCCCUUUCUUCUAAAACCUUCAGUCAAGAACUUUUACACCUUGGUAACAGACAGAGCACUCGACAGAGAAGCAAGAGCUGAAUAUAAUAUCACCCUCACCGUCACAGAUAUGGGGACUCCAAGGCUGAAAACGGAGCACAACAUAACAGUGCAGAUAUCAGAUGUCAAUGACAACGCCCCCGCUUUCACCCAAACCUCCUACACCCUGUUCGUCCGCGAGAACAACAGCCCCGCCCUGCACAUCGGCAGUGUCAGCGCCACAGACAGAGACUCAGGCACCAACGCCCAGGUCACCUACUUCCUACUGCCGCCCCAGGACCCGCACCUGCCCCUCGCCUCCCUGGUCUCCAUCAACGCGGACAACGGCCACCUGUUCGCCCUCAGGUCGCUGGACUACGAGGCCCUGCAGGCCAUCGAGUUCCGCGUGGGCGCCACAGACCGCGGCUCCCCGGCGCUAAGCAGCGAGGCGCUGGUGCGCGUGCUGGUGCUAGACGCCAACGACAACUCGCCCUUCGUGCUGUACCCUCUGCAGAAUGGCUCCGCGCCCUGUACCGAGUUGGUGCCCCGGGCGGCCGAGCCAGGCUACCUGGUGACCAAGGUGGUGGCGGUGGACGGCGACUCGGGCCAGAACGCCUGGCUGUCGUACCAGCUGCUCAAGGCCACGGAGCCCGGGCUGUUCGGUGUGUGGGCGCACAAUGGCGAGGUGCGCACCGCCAGGCUGCUGAGCGAGCGCGACGCGGCCAAGCACAGGCUGGUGGUGCUGGUCAAGGACAAUGGCGAGCCUCCGCGCUCGGCCACCACCACGCUGCACGUGCUCCUGGUGGACGGCUUCUCCCAGCCCUACCUGCCGCUCCCGGAGGCGGCCCCUGCCCAGGCCCAGGGCGACAGGCUCACGGUCUACCUGGUGGUGGCAUUGGCCUCGGUGUCGUCGCUUUUCCUCUUGUCGGUGCUCCUGUUCGUGGCGGUGAGACUGUGCAGGAGGAGCAGGGCGGCCUCAGUGGGUCGCUGCUCCGUGCCCGAGGGCCCCUUUCCAGGGCAUCUGGUGGACGUGAGCGGCGCUGGGACCCUAUCCCAGAGCUACCAGUACGAAGUGUGUCUGACAGGUGGCUCAGAAGCAAAUGAGUUCAAGUUCCUGAAUCCGAUUAUCUCCAACUGUUCUGGGUUUAGACGUUAUUCGGUGACUGAGGAAACAGACAGAGGAUCCUUUGUGGUCAAUCUGGCAAAAGAUCUGGGACUAGCAGAGGGGGAACUGGCUGCAAGGGGAACCAGGGUGGUUUCCGAUGAUAACAAACAAUACCUGCUCCUGGAUUCACACACUGGGAAUUUGCUCACAAAUGAGAAACUGGACCGAGAGAAGCUGUGUGGCCCUAAAGAGCCCUGUAUGCUGUAUUUCCAAAUUUUAAUGGAUGAUCCCUUUCAGAUUUACCGGGUUGAGCUGAGAGUCAGGGAUAUAAAUGAUCACUCGCCAGUGUUUCAGGACAAAGAAACAGUGUUAAAAAUAUCAGAAAAUACUGCUGAAGGGACAGCGUUUCGACUAGAAAGAGCACAGGAUCCAGAUGGAGGACCUAACGGUAUCCAAAACUACACGAUCAGCCACAACUCUUUUUUCCAUGUUAAAAUUGGUGGCAGUGAUGAAGGCAUGAUAUAUCCAGAGCUAGUGUUGGACAAAGCACUGGAUCGGGAGGAGCAGGGAGAGCUCAGCUUAACCCUCACAGCGCUGGAUGGUGGGUCUCCACCCAGGUCUGGGACCUCCACUAUAGGCAUUGUGGUCUUGGACGUCAAUGACAAUGCCCCACAGUUUGCCCAGGCUCUGUAUGAGACCCAGGCUCCAGAAAACAGCCCCAUUGGAUUCCUUAUUGUUAAGGUAUCGGCAGAAGAUAUAGACUCUGGAGUUAACGCGGAAGUAUCCUAUUCAUUUUUUGAUGCCUCAGAAAAUAUUCGAACAACCUUUCAAAUCAAUCCUUUUUCUGGGGAAAUCUUUCUCAGAGAAUUGCUUGAUUAUGAGUUAGUAAAUUCUUACAAAAUAAAUAUACAGGCAAUGGACGGUGGAGGCCUUUCUGCAAUAUGUAGGGUUUUGGUGGAAGUAUUGGACACCAAUGACAAUGCCCCUGAACUCAUUAUAUCAUCACUUUCCAACUCUGUUGCUGAGAAUUCUCCUGAGACGGUACUGGCUGUUUUUAAGAUUAAUGACAGAGACUCUGGAGAAAAUGGAAAGAUGGUUUGCUACAUUCAAGAGAAUCUGCCAUUCCUACUAAAACCUUCUGUGGAGAAUUUUUACAUCCUAAUGACAGAAGGCGCGCUGGACAGAGAGAGCAGAGCUGAGUACAACAUCACUAUCACCAUCACUGACUUGGGGACACCCAGGCUGAAAACCGAGCACAACAUAACUGUGCUGGUCUCCGACGUCAAUGACAACGCCCCCGCCUUCACCCAAACCUCCUACACCCUGUUCGUCCGCGAGAACAACAGCCCCGCCCUGCACAUCGGCAGCGUCAGCGCCACAGACAGAGACUCAGGCACCAACGCCCAGGUCACCUACUCGCUGCUGCCGCCCCAGGACCCGCACCUGCCCCUCGCCUCCCUGGUCUCUAUCAACACAGACAACGGCCACCUGUUCGCCCUCCGAUCGCUGGACUACGAGACCCUGCAGGAGUUCGAGUUCCGCGUGGGCGCCACAGACCGCGGCUCCCCAGAGCUGAGCAGCGAGGCGCUGGUGCGCGUGCUGGUGCUGGACGCCAACGACAACUCACCCUUCGUGCUGUACCCGCUGCAGAACGGCUCCGCGCCCUGCACCGAGCUGGUGCCCCGGGCGGCCGAGCCCGGCUACCUGGUGACCAAGGUGGUGGCAGUGGACGGCGACUCGGGCCAGAACGCCUGGCUGUCGUACCAGUUGCUCAAGGCCACGGAGCCCGGGCUGUUCGGUGUGUGGGCGCACAAUGGCGAGGUUCACACCGCCAGGCUGCUGAGCGAGCGCGACGCGGCCAAGCACAGGCUGGUAGUGCUGGUCAAGGACAAUGGCGAGCCUCCGCGCUCAGCCACCACCACGCUGCACGUGCUCCUGGUGGACGGCUUCUCCCAGCCCUACCUGCCUCUCCCAGAGGCGGCGCCGGCCCAGGCCGAGGCCGACUCGCUCACCGUCUACCUGGUGGUGGCGUUGGCCUCGGUGUCGUCGCUGUUCCUCUUUUCAGUGCUCUUGUUCGUGGCGGUGCGACUGUGCAGGAGGAGCAGGGCGGCCUCUGUGGGUCGCUGCUCGGUGCCCUCGGGCACCUUUCCAGGGCAUCUGGUGGACGUGAGCGGCGCUGGGACCCUGUCCCAGAGCUACCAGUAUGGUGUGUGUCUGACGGGAGGCCCCGGAACCAGUGAAUUCAAGUUCUUGAAACCAAUUAUUUCGGAUAUUCAGACACAGGGCCCUGGAAGGAAAGACCAUAGAGGAUUUGGUGGACAAGUCAGAGACACAUUCCCCAGAACUGAAGCCAUUCUUCAAGAAGCCUACAAGAAAGGAGCUAUGGAGAACGGAAGAGCAUGCACUCAGCAGAUAAGGCAAGUCCUGCUUCUCUUUGUUUUGCUGGGAAUGUCUCAGGCGGGCUCUGAACCUGGGAGCUUUUCCGUGGCAGAGGAAAUGCAGAGCGGGAGUUUUGUAGGCAAUCUGGCAAAGGACCUGGGGCUGAAGGUGAGAGAACUGUCCUCACGGGGGGCUCAGGUGGUCUCUAAUGAUAAGAAACAGCGUUUGCAGCUGGACAUAAACACUGGGGAUUUGCUCUUAAGUGAAACACUAGACAGGGAGGAGCUCUGCGGUUCCAUUCAGCCUUGUGUGCUACAUUUCCAGGUGUUAAUGAAAAACCCCACGCAGUUUUUACAAAUUGAGCUUCAGGUCAGGGAUAUAAAUGAUCACUCUCCCAUCUUCUUGGAAAAACAAAUGCUCCUAGAAAUCCCAGAGAACAGUCCUGUUGGUGCUGUGUUCUUACUAGAAAGUGCGAAGGAUUUAGAUGUAGGAAUCAAUGCUGUAAAAAGCUACACAAUAAGCCCCAACUCUCAUUUUCACAUUAAAAUGAGAGUCAAUCCAGACAAUAGGAAAUACCCCGAGUUAGUUCUGGACAGGGCACUGGAUUAUGAAGAGCGCCCGGAGCUCAGUUUCAUCCUCACUGCUCUGGAUGGCGGGUCCCCUCCCAGGUCCGGAACUGCCUUGGUCAAAGUGCUGGUUGUGGACAUUAAUGACAACUCCCCUGAAUUUGAGCAGGCUUUUUAUGAAGUGAAGAUUCCAGAGAAUAGCAUCCUUGGCUCGCUGGUUUUGACUGUCUCAGCUUGGGAUUUAGACUCUGGAACAAAUGGUGAAAUAUGCUACACUUUAUCCCAUGCUUCAGAAGAUAUUCGCAAGACAUUUGAAAUUAAUCAAAAGUCUGGAGACAUUACUUUAACAGCACCUUUGGAUUUUGAAACGAUUGAAUCAUACUCAAUAAUCAUUCAAGCCACAGAUGGGGGAGGACUUUUUGGAAAAUCUACAGUCAGAAUUCAGGUGAUGGAUGUAAAUGACAAUGCUCCUGAAAUCACUGUGUCAUCAAUUACCAGUCCAAUCCCAGAAAAUGCACCAGAGACCGUGGUUAUGGUUUUUAGUAUCCAAGAUAUAGACUCUGGGGACAACGGAAGAAUUGUUUGUUCCAUCCCGGAAGACCUCCCAUUCGUGCUAAAAUCUUCAGUUGAAAAUUAUUACACGUUGGAAACAGAGAGACCACUGGACAGAGAGAGCACAGCCGAGUACAAUAUCACCAUCACCGUCACUGACUUGGGGAUACCCAGGCUGAAAACGGAGUACAACAUAACUGUGUUGGUCUCCGACAUCAAUGACAACGCCCCCACCUUCACCCAAACCUCCUACACCCUGUUCGUCCGCGAGAACAACAGCCCCGCCCUGCACAUCGGCAGCGUCAGCGCCACAGAUAGAGACUCGGGCACCAAUGCCCAGGUCAUCUACUCGCUGCUGCUGCCCCAGGACCCGCACCUGCCCCACGCCUCCCUGGUCUCCAUCAACACAGACAAUGGCCACCUGUUUGCCCUCAGGUCGCUGGACUACGAGGCCCUGCAGGCGUUCGAGUUCCGCGUGGGCGCCACAGACCGCGGCUCCCCGGCGCUGAGCAGCGAGGCGCUGGUGCGCGUGCUGGUGCUGGACGCCAACGACAACUCGCCCUUCGUGCUGUACCCGCUGCAGAAUGGCUCCGCGCCCUGCACCGAGCUGGUGCCCCGUGCUGCCGAGCCGGGCUACCUGGUGACCAAGGUGGUGGCAGUGGACGGCGACUCGGGCCAGAAUGCCUGGCUGUCGUACCAGCUGCUCAAGGCCACGGAGCCCGGGCUGUUCGGUGUGUGGGCGCACAAUGGCGAGGUUCACACCGCCAGGCUGCUGAGCGAGCGCGACGCGGCCAAGCACAGGCUGGUGGUGCUGGUCAAGGACAAUGGCGAGCCUCCGCGCUCAGCCACCACCACGUUGCAAGUGCUACUGGUGGACGGCUUCUCCCAGCCCUACCUGCCUCUCCCAGAGGCGGCCCCGGCCCAGGCCCAGGCCGACUCGCUCACCGUCUACCUGGUGGUGGCGUUGGCCUCAGUGUCGUCGCUGUUCCUCUUGUCGGUGCUCCUGUUCGUGGCGGUGCGACUGUGCAGGAGGAGCAGGGCGGCCUCUGUGGGUCGCUGCUCGGUGCCUGAGGGCCCCUUUCCAGGGCAUCUGGUGGACGUGAGCGGCACCGGGAUCCUGUCCCAGAGCUACCAGUAUGAGGUGUGUCUGACAGGAGGCUCCGGGACAAAUGAAUUCAAGUUCCUAAAACCGGUUAUCCCUAAUAUCCAGGCAAAAGGUCCUGGGAAGAAUAGUGAAGAAAACCCCACCUUUCGAAAUAGCUUUGAAUUUAAUUUUUAUUUUGGAAAAGAAGCUAUGGAAAACGGAGGGGCAGGCAUUCUGCAGAUAAGGCAAGUCCUGCUUUUCUUUGUUUUGCUGGGAAUGUCUCAGGCGGUCUCUGAAACUGGGAGUUUUUUGGUGAUGGAGGAAUUGCAGAGUGGGAGCUUUGUAGGAAAUUUGGCAAAGACCCUGGGACUGGAGGUGAGUGAGCUGUCUUCACGGGGGGCUCAGGUGGUUUCUAAUGAUAACAAAGAGUGUUUGCAGCUGGACACAAACACUGGGGAUUUGCUCCUGAGCGAAAUGCUAGACAGGGAGGAGCUCUGUGGCUCCAAUGAGCCUUGUGUGCUGUAUUUCCAAGUGUUAAUGAAAAACCCCACGGAGUUUUUACAAAUUGAACUCCAGGUCAGGGAUAUAAAUGAUCACUCUCCCAUCUUCUUGGAGAAAGAAAUGCUCUUAGAAAUCCCAGAGAACAGUCCUCUUGGUACUGUGUUCUUGCUUGAAAGUGCGAAGGAUUUAGAUGUAGGAGUCAAUGCUGUAAAAAGCUACACAAUAAAUCCGAACUCUUAUUUCCACAUUAAAAUAAGAGUCAAUCCAGAUAAUAGGAAAUACCCUGAGUUAGUUCUGGACAAGGCACUGGAUUAUGAAGAGUGCCCGGAGCUCAGUUUCAUCCUCACUGCUCUGGAUGGCGGGUCCCCUCCCAGGUCCGGAACUGCCUUAGUCAGGGUGGUGGUUGUAGAUAUUAAUGACAACUUCCCUGAGUUUGAGCAGGCUUUUUAUGAGGUGAAGAUUCCGGAGAAUAGCACCCUUGGCUCGCUGGUUGUGACAGUCUUGGCUUGGGAUUUAGACUCUGGAACAAACAGUGAACUAUCCUAUACCUUUUCCCAUGCCUCAGAAGAUAUUCGCAAGACGUUUGAAAUUAAUCAAAAGUCUGGAGACAUUACUUUAACAGCACCUUUGGAUUUUGAAACGAUUGAAUCAUACUCAAUAAUCAUUCAAGCCACAGAUAGGGGAGGACUUUUUGGAAAAUCUACAGUCAGAAUUCAGGUGAUGGAUGUAAAUGACAAUGCUCCUGAAAUCACUGUGUCAUCAAUUACCAGUCCAAUCCCAGAAAGCACACCAAAGACCGUGGUUAUGGUUUUCAGGAUACGAGACAGAGACUCUGGGGACAAUGGAAAGGUAGUUUGUUCUGUCCCGGAAGACCUCCCAUUCGUGCUAAAAUCUUCCGUAAAUAAUUACUACACUUUGGAAACAGAGAGACCACUGGACAGAGAGAGCACAGCCGAGUACAACAUUACCAUCACCGUCACCGACUUGGGGACACCCAGGCUGAAAACCGAGUACAACAUAACCGUGCUGGUCUCCGACGUCAAUGACAACGCCCCCGCCUUCACCCAAACCUCCUACACCCUGUUCGUCCGCGAGAACAACAGCCCCGCCCUGCACAUCGGCAGCGUCAGCGCCACAGAUAGAGACUUGGGCACCAAUGCCCAGGUCAUCUACUCGCUGCUGCUGCCCCAGGACCCGCACCUGCCCCACGCCUCCCUGGUCUCCAUCAACACAGACAAUGGCCACCUGUUUGCCCUCAGGUCGCUGGACUACGAGGCCCUGCAGGCGUUCGAGUUCCGCGUGGGCGCCACAGACCGCGGCUCCCCGGCGCUGAGCAGCGAGGCGCUGGUGCGCGUGCUGGUGCUGGACGCCAACGACAACUCGCCCUUCGUGCUGUACCCGCUGCAGAACGGCUCUGCGCCAUGUACCGAGCUGGUGCCCCGGGCGGCCGAGCCCGGCUACCUGGUGACCAAGGUGGUGGCAGUGGACGGCGACUCGGGCCAGAACGCCUGGCUGUCGUACCAGCUGCUCAAGGCCACGGAGCCCGGGCUGUUCGGCGUGUGGGCUCACAAUGGCGAGGUGCGCACCGCCAGGCUGCUGAGCGAGCGCGACGCGACCAAGCACAGGCUGGUGGUGCUAGUCAAGGACAAUGGCGAGCCUCCGCGCUCGGCCACCACCACGCUGCACUUGCUCCUGGUGGACGGCUUCUCCCAGCCCUACCUGCCUCUCCCAGAGGCGGCCCCGGCCCAGGCCCAGGCCGACUCGCUCACCAUCUACCUGGUCGUGGCGUUGGCCUCGGUGUCGUCGCUCUUCCUCUUGUCGGUGCUCCUGUUCGUGGCGGUGCGGCUGUGCAGGAGGAGCAGGGCGGCCUCGGUGGGUCGCUGCUCGGUGCCCAAGGGCCCCUUUCCAGGGCAUCUGGUGGACGUGAGCGGCACCGGGACCUUAUCCCAGAGUUACCAGUAUGAGGUGUGUCUGGCAGGAGGCUCAGGGACAAAUGAGUUCAAGUUCCUGAAGCCUAUUAUCCCCGACUUCCCUCCCCAGUGCCCUGGGAAAGAAAUACAGGGAAAUGCUACCUUCUCCAAUGACUUUGGGUUCCAUAUUCAGUGACCAUAGUCGACUUUUAUAUUCCGUAGGUAUUUUACUUUAUGGCAUUUCUAUGCCAAUGUUUAUUUCCCCCAAUUUGUGUGUAUUUAAAACUGUACUGAUUUACUCUUGAUUUUUCUCAUGUUCUUUCUCCCUUUGCUAUUAAGUGAACAUUCACUUUUAUUCCCGGUUCUUAAAAGAUGGCAAUUCAUUCUUUAACCUAGAUGGUCUUAAAUUGUAAUUAAUUUGCCUCCCUAAAGAGCAAUACCAAACCACAUUUUUUUUCAUGCCCCUAUCUUUAGUUGAACUUCACCCACUGUUAUGCUUAUGGUAAAAUUAAAUAGAGCAAUUUGGAAGGGAUUCACAUUUUCCAGCAUUUCUUCAUUUCUCUUUUUUUCAGCCUUAAAAUAAUGAUUGGUAUUCAGAUAUAUAAUUUUUCUUUGUUUUAAAUCCAGUGCAUUUUUAGUUAACCUUUAACUAUGCUUUUUGCUUUCAAAAAUAAACCAGGAAACCUAUAUUCUA